CGGAAGUUGACUGCAAGAUUCACAGCCAAGUUGCAGACUGAAUCGACACAACCAUGCUGAAGAAAAGGUAUCUUUGCCUUGAGAUCAUUUUGCUCUGCGUAUUGGCAAGUUCAACCUACGCUCAAAUUCCCGAUGGUAUACAUCUGAUUACAUUGACCGAGGAGGCCCCCGAGUGGUCGUUCCAGUCCCCAAAUUUCACCCAUGGCUUCUACCCAGACGACACUCUCAGUGUCUGGCUGAUCCGAGUCGACAGUGGAUCCAGGGUGACUUUCGACUUCGAUGUGAUGGAGGUCGCGAGCAAUGACCUACUGCAAAUUGGCAACGGGUUUGAUGCGUCGGACGUGGCCUUCAUCACGGGUGAAAACAUCAUUGCCACUUUCACCGGGAAUUUGACGGGUGUUGGAGGGGCUCGAGUCGCGUCUAACGGUCACGAGGCCUCGAUGAGAUUUCAGAGUUUUCACGUCUCGUCCUGCCGAGGUUUUUCGGUGACAGUGAGGCAGGAACUACCGUCAGCAUUGGUUAAGGAACGCGGAUUUUGCAGAAGAGAUGAUUUCCGGUGUGUGAAUGACGUUGAGGGCGUAACUUGUUUGGGUAAUGGUUCACGAUGUGAUGGAAUUACGCACUGUAAGGACUCAUCGGACGGGGCAAAUUGUUCUUCGCAAUUCGACCGAUUUGAUGAGUCUGCGUGCAUGCUAUGCCCUGGCAAUCAACCAUACAACUAUGGAACCUGGUCCUGUCCUGGACCUCGUAGACGAAGGCGCUGUACCAAUCCUAACCUAGUGUGUGGGUGCGGCGUCAGGGGUGACGACCUGGGAGUAUUAUGCAUCGUCUGGAUACCUAUUGUGCUGUCAACACUGGAGGAUACUACACACACCCUGUUUCUCGGUGGGGUAGACGUCAACUCUCUUCAGAACGGGACCUUCAAGAUGUACCCUAACCUUAAACAGUUGAAGAUUUUGGUUAUUCAGGCGACAAAUGAUGAAGAAUCAGUUUUAAAGAAUUACGCUUUUGAUGGGUUCGACAGUUUGUCCACGCUUGUUAUAUUUGAUAUAAACUUGAGAAAAAUCGAAGCCAAAGCCUUCGCUGGACUCGACAGUUUGCACACGCUAUCAAUUUUGGAAAAGGACUCUAGUCCAAGGCUGCCGAUAAUAGAAGACGGUGCUUUUGACGUCAUCGGUGACAAAUUAUCUUUUCUGUAUGCAAAUGACUAUCGUCUGUGUUGUUUCUUCGGGCCAGAACUACAAGAAAAGUGCAGGGAUUGGUUUGAGAUUCCCGAACUCUUUGUCUGUAGUCAGCUGGUACCCAACUACGUCUUGAAGGCCUUCAUGUGGAUCUUGGGCAUCAGCGCAGUCGUUGGCAAUCUCUUCGUCAUGGUUUGGCGGUAUCGAGAGAAGACAGGGAACCGUGCUGGUCUGAUAAUUAAUUCCUUCUUAGUUGUCAAUUUGGCUGGUGCUGAUGCUCUGAUGGGCUUGUACAUGUUGAUCAUAGCUGGGGCUGAUGUGCACUACGGGGCCCGUUAUUUCGAGGUGUCUGACGAGUGGCGAACCAGCGCCGCGUGUAAAGCAGCAGGGUUCAUUUCCAUCAUGGCCAACGAAGCGUCUGUGUUUCUCUUAGUUUUCAUCAGCGUCGCGAGAUUCAUGUUUGUUGUCUUCCCUUUUUUCACCAAUCGCCGUCUGAGUUUUAAGGUUGCUAAGAUUGUUGUUGGCGUGGUCUGGCUCCUGACGGUCAUUCUUGCCGUGGUCUCCACAGUUCUGGCUUCGGAUGAAGCGUCUGAGGCUUACGGUCUCUCAGAUGUUUGCAUUGGUCUGCCACUGACGACCAGAGUUACAGGUCUUGAGAUAAAGGAACAAGUCAUUAAUGUUGGAGGAUUCGGUGAAGUGACCUACGCCAGACCUGUACCGAUCAGCCAGUCCGCUACCUGGGUCUUUUCUAUCGUUAUUUUCCUGGGUGUCAAUCUGUUUAGUUUCUGCCUCAUUCUGGCCUGCUACGUCGCCAUCUUUGUCAAAGUCAAAGUGACAGCUAGACGAGUGCGCAGCCGCAGCGCGCGAGAUGAAAGCGAGGUUCGGAUGGCCGUCAAGAUGGCGGCCAUUGUCUUGACGGAUUUCCUGUGUUGGAUCCCCGUCAUUGUCAUGGGAAUUCUCUUCCAGGCUGGUGUUGUCGAGAACAAUCCUGAGGUCUUCGUCUGGAGCGUUGUCUUCAUCCUUCCAAUCAACUCCUCCAUCAAUCCUUAUCUCUACACAUUCCUGGAUGUUUGCCUCAAGAAACAACGCAAGAAACCAUCGCAAAAGAAGGAAGAAAUCCCAUUGGAGGCCACGCCUUCAUCGCAAAAAACGACCUCUAUGUCUGAUAGGUGAAUACAAAUGAAAAAUAUAAUCUGGCUAAAUUUAGGGCUCUUGAUAUUGUAUUUGUGGUUUUCACCAGUAAAAGGCUUACUAUAAAAACAGGGUUCUGGAUUCCGUUAAUAACAAUCACAAGAACUGGAUUAGAAACAUCAUGUUUUUAUACUAUUACUGUAAAAAAAAAAAACCGUUUAGCUACAAAAUACAAACUAUUUAAAUGGAUUUAAAUGUUCAGAUUUGUUGCAUGUAUAACAGAGAACUGUAAUUAUGCAUCUUUCAUAUGCUUUGGUAGACUUUAGUGGAAUUUAAAGUAUUAUGCAGAUUAGCAAGCUCAGUAUUAUGAUCAGGAAUUUAAAAGUACAGAAACAUGUACAUGUAUUAAUUAUGAUACAUUGACUUUUUGAUGACAAUAUACAUUAAGGAAGUGUUUUAAUUAUCGCAUUGUAGAAAAUUGUCUCUAUUAUUAGUAUUAUUUUGGUAGAGUUUAGUGUAAUUUCUAGUUAUCAUGCGGAUUAGCAAGCGCAGUAUUUAAUCAGGAACUUAAAAGUUGAGAAACAUUUUAACUUAAGGUAUCUUUUUGAUGUUUUAAAAAUAUUUUAUGAUGUUUACAUAGACGUUUUUAACAGCGUUUAUCGCUCUCUAGCGAAUAAUGUCUUAAACUUAAGCACUAAAUAAUAUCAGUCUUUUGACUGUUUUGACAAAAAUCGCAUUCAUUGCCAGAGUGAUGCGAAGACAGCUCCCAUCGGUGACAUUUCUUUCUAAAUAUCCGUCAUCCAACGACUUUCAUCAAUAAACAUUGCUGUAUAAAAUAAAUCUGCGCAACAAAGACAAAGACAUAACACGAGAGAUACAUGUACUAACACUGUAAAAACAACAUUCCCUGUAAACUAACGGUAAUUUACAAGUCAACCUUCAGUUUCGCCAAAGAAUUGCAAAAUAUCUAGACACUUCUUGCCCUUUUGGGAAGAAUCUGAAAAAUAUUACGGAAUAAUUUUCGUGCACCAUUUUUCGAGCAGUUAUGAUGAAAAAAAAACACCUUCUUAGCAUUCCGUAUAGCCGCACUGUAAACAUCUUGGUAUUUACUACCCUCUAAAGGGAAUGAUUACUCAGAGUUUCAUUGUUGUGUGUAAAUGUUUGGAUAUACAUAGUUAAGAAUCAUUAAUGUUCUCGACCUGCUUUACGCUGUAUCUGAAAACGUCUACACCUGCAGCAAGGAAGAAUAAACAAAAGUUUAGCACUUGAAA